AUGAUGGCGGAGAAGCUGAAGAAAGAGCAGGACAGCAGCCGCCACCUGGAGAGGAUGAAGAAAAACCUGGAGGAGAAAGACCUGCAGCAGCGACUCGACGAGGCCGAAGGCACGGCCAUGAAAGGAGGGAAGAAACAACUCCAGAAGCUGGAAGCAAGGGUAAAAUAUGAGAAAUGUCUGAUAAAAUAUGAGAAAUGUGUGAUAAAAUAUGAGAAAUGUGUGAUAAAAUAUGAGAACCAGUGUGAGGAGGACAGGAAGAACGCAACGAGGCUGCAGGACCUGGUGGACAAACUGCAGCUGAAAGUCAAAGCCGACAAGCUGCAGGCUGAGGAAGCGGAAGAGCGAGCGAACUGCCAUCUGAGCAAACUGAGGAAGGUUCAGCAUGAGCUGGAGGAGGCAGGAGAGGAGACAGGAGAGGAGGCAGGAAAGGAGGCUGGAGAGGAGGCAGGAGAGGAGGCUGGAGAGGAGACAGGAGAGGAGGCAGGAGAGGAGACAGGAGAGGAGGCAGGAGAGGAGGCAGGAGAGCGGGCAGACAUCACCUCCCAGUGGGAGGGCCCUCCCUCCGGGGCCCCUCCCACUGGCCAUCCUGCAGGUUUUGGAUGGGCCACAGGGACUAAACACUGGAAUGAAACGGCUUCAUUUCCUCCGUAUUGUGUGGAUCGGUUCUCCAGAACCUUAAUGAGUUCAGUUCCGGUGCAACAGAGGUUCAUCUUAACCCUCCAGGACUGA